GGUACUAUGUCGUCGGCAGUGGAGCUACAGCCGUUAAACAAAACAAAGAAAGUCGAGGAAGAAUCCCCGGAGCCAGAGGACAAGGGAAAUCUUGUUUUCUACAUUAUCUUGCUCCAUGGAAUCGGAACUCUUAUGCCAUGGAACAUGCUUAUUACGAUCUCCUAUGAUUAUUUCGAAUCAUACAAAAUGCUCGCCAACUCAACAAUCGACAUGGACACCGGAGUAGUUACUGGAUAUCCAACUGUCUACUCAUCCAACUUCCAAAGCUUCCAAACGAUCGCUUCUCAAGUCCCGAACCUUCUUCUCAAUCUUCUCAACAUCUUCAUUGUCGUCAAGGGAGGACUUGCUAGUCGCAUCACUGUCGGACUCUCAAUUGUAGCUGUUUGUGUGAUCACUACAAUGAUGUUCAUCUACGUCGAAACCUCCACAUGGCUCACCGGAUUCUUCACACUCACCAUCAUCACAAUUAUUGUAUUGAAUGGAGCAAAUGGAGUAUACCAGAACAGUAUCUUCGGUCUUGCAUCGGAGCUUCCUUUCAAGUACACCAAUGCUGUGAUCAUUGGAAACAAUUUGUGUGGAACCUUCGUCACCCUGCUCAGUAUGUCGACUAAAGCUGUCACCAGAAACAUCUUGGACAGAUCAUUCGCCUACUUCUCCAUUGCUUUAAUCACACUCGUCUUCUGCUUUAUCUCCUUCCACAUCCUCAAGAAACAACGUUUCUACCAGUAUUACAGUACCCGUGCCGAAAGACAACGAAACAAAAACGAUGAAGCAGUUGAUAGCGAAGGAAAAGUGGCUAAUUACAUCGCAACUUUCAAGGAGGCCUUCCCACAACUCAUCAACGUAUUUUUGGUCUUCUUCGUUACUCUUUCCAUCUUCCCAGGAGUCAUGAUGUAUGUUAAGGAUGAGAAGAAAGGAGGUGUCUACGAUUUCCCAUUGCCACAAAAAUACUUCAUGGAUGUGACCACAUUCCUUCAAUUCAACGUGUUCGCUUUUAUUGGAUCAAUUGUCGCCGGAAGAAAGCAAUGGCCUGCGCCGAACAAGCUCUGGAUUCCAGUCUACCUCCGUCUCCUCUAUAUUCCAUUCUUCAUCUUCUGCAACUAUCUCCCUGAGACCCGUUCACUUCCCGUCUUUUUCGAAUCCACCUGGCUUUUCGUCAUUAUCGCCGCCUCGAUGAGCUUUGGAAGUGGAUAUUUCUCGGGACUCGCCAUGAUGUACACCUCGAAGACUGUUGAUCCAUCGAAGGCUCAGGUCGCUGGAAUGAUGGCCGGAUUCUUCCUCAUCUCUGGAAUUGUCUCUGGUCUGAUCUUCACAAUGGUCAUCAAGAUGGUCGUCACGGCCUAAACUUCUUAUUCCUCCUUAUUUUAUUCCCAUCAACCUCAUCAUUAGCAAUAUUAAUUCCCUAACGUAAAUUCUUUCAUAACCUUCAAGGUUUCCUCUGUAGUAUCUUUAUCCACUAGUGUUCUUUCCUUAAAAUACCUCUUAAUACUUUGUUGUUCUUUGUUAUUUUCCUUCUUCAGGUAUUUCCGCAGCACCAUCUCGUUGUUCUCCUAUUUUUUUAUAAUCUCAACUUGUUUUUUAUGAAUAAAACCUAGAAAGUUGGUUAAAUAAAUCAUUCAUGAAAUUUUU